GUGGGAAAUUAAAAAGUGUAUACGUUUCCGUGGUGACCUAAUGAGAAGACAGUGAAUGGGAUUGUGAAUUGUGAUGGAUGAUGAAGGAUUUCAGCAACGAGGUCCGGGUUCAAAAAAUGCAUGCUCAAGCGUUCCAUGCCGUUUCCUGGUGAUCGCAAUCUGCAUCCUACUCAUUUGCGCUGGCAUGGUAUUCUUCGUGAUCGGAUGUCUGUUCACCUGGGGACAUCGAACCAUGUACAACUACUAUAUGGUACCGGUGGACGCCUACCUCAACCACAUGGGCCUCACAAACAAUGAAGCCGCCAAGACCACGGUUUUAACCGCCAUACUGGAGUUUGUAGAGCCAUUUGGACAGAUUGCAUUCUGGAUAGGCCUGUGCACCACUGCUCUAUGCUGUGUUGGAUUGUACGGAGCUAUCGUACAGAACCGAUUCAUUCUAUUCCUGUUCUCAUCCAUGCUACUUGCCAAAGUACUCAUUCUCGCUGUCAUUAUUAUCGCAUUUCACGCUCAACCGG